CAAAGACCGCACAUUGGUAUUGUGUUCCGCAAGCGCCGUCCCAAGGUUACCAAGCGAGCUGCAGUGCGAAGAGCAAAUCAGCCGGCUUAUAUUUAGCCUUGCAAAUGGCGCUCUGUGGAUUAUGUCUUGCGGCUCUCCGGUUUCGUCUUCAACGUGUGUGUUUGCUAGCAUGACGGGGGCUCCGGUCCGAGCUAUUCAGGUGAGGCUCCCAGUGUCGUGUUCUUCCACACCGGCUCAUCUUCCAGGCAUUUUUUCGCUCACCCUCUUGGCGCUCAGGCACGCUGUAAAGAUAUUUACAGAGGUGAGGAGAGCAGCAGAGACACUUGUGUCAGGACCCGUGGACAACCAGUUGAGUCUCUUAGGGGGAUCAUGGAUGUUCUGGCCUUAGAGGCAAAGACUGUGAACGGUGCAGAGCCAGAGAAGAAGAAGGCUGCGUCCAGGCCCAGACCUAAACCUCCGAAAAAGCCCAAAAGGAUCGUAUACUUUGAGGUGGAGAUUGUGGAUGUUAAAAGCAAGGAGAAACUUCUACUGCUGGACAAGGUGGAGCCAACCGCAACUAUUUUGGAUAUCAAGGCCUUGUUUCACAAAUCAUAUCCAAAGUGGUACCCCGCCAGACAAUCACUGCGUUUGGAUCCAAAGGGUAAAUGUCUCAGAGAUGAGGAAGUUCUCCAAACACUUCCCGUGGGAACCACAGCUAGCUUCUACUUUAGUGACCUAGGACCUCAACUCACAUGGGGAACAGUGUUCCUGGCCGAGUGUGUCGGUCCACUGCUCAUCUAUUUAAUGUUCUACUUCCGCCUUCCCUUCAUCUACGCGCCCAAAUAUGACUUCACCAGCAGCAAACACUGGGUGGUACAUUCUGCUUGCAUCUGUCACUCCUUCCAUUACAUCAAGAGGAUUCUGGAGACACUGUUUGUCCACCGCAUAUCCAACGGGACCAUGCCUCUGAGGAAUAUAUUUAAGAAUUGUGGCUAUUACUGGUGCGCCGCAGCCUGGAUGGCGUACUACAUAAACCACCCUCUCUACACCACGCCUUUUUAUGGGCAGCAGCAGGUGAACACAGGACUUUACAUUUUCUGGUUCUGCCAAAUAGGGAAUUUCUCCAUCCAUGUUGCUCUCCGUAACAUCAAACAACCAGGUUCAAAAGUGAAGAAGAUUCCUUACCCGACGAAAAAUCCUUUCACAUGGAUUUUCUGGCUGGUGUCUUGUCCAAACUAUACAUAUGAGCUGGGCUCGUGGAUAGGAUUCAGCGUGAUGACGCAGUGUGUCCCUGUGGCUCUCUUCACUGUGGUGGGCUUCAUCCAGAUGACUGUGUGGGCCCGAGGGAAACACCGCAGCUACUUGAAGGAGUUUAAGGAUUAUCCCACCCUGCGCUCCUCCAUACUGCCCUUCAUCCUUUAGGAAGGGCAAACACCACCCUGGACCACCACCACCACCAUCACCCCACCAUAAUCCCUCCAGCCCACUGGACUGUCACAAACUUGAAGCAGUUUUUGGCUGGUUUAAAGUCUUAAUUUACCGUUGUUGAGGGGAAAAAAAAAAGUCCUUUACGUGUAGAUGUUGAUCCAUGUAGCCAGCAGCCUGGAGCUGACCCAUGAACGACCUUCGUAUUCUUAAAUCAUAAAGCAGACAGGCUAUGCUCUUUUUUUUUUUUUUUGCUUUGUGAGUGUGCAUCAAGUGCAUUUUUGGCAUAGAACAUGAAGAAAUACACUCUAAAAAUCUAUUGACACCACUUGAUUUAAUACAUAAAUGCAAUGUAAAAAAUGUAAUUAAUUGAUUUAGAUAAACUUUCUAAGUUGCUAACGUUAUUUUUUAAGUUAUGUUCAAAUAAUAAUGUUGGCUAUUACAUGGACUUAAUUUAGCAUGUCGUAUACACUCAAAUUUUAUUGUUGGUAAGCUUAAAACAAAAUUCAAGUUGCCAUGACUUUAAAAUUAGCUUGGUAACAUAAUACACACACACACACACACACACAUAUAUAUAUAUAUAUAAAAUUUUAUUUAAUUAAGUAGACAACAAAUUAAACUACUUUGAAUAAAAUGAUUAAGUCAGUUGACUUAACAUAUUUUUUUGAGUCACGAACUUAAAAACUUGUCCCUAUGACAACAAUUAUUCAGUAAGCAUUACUUAAAAUAAGCUUUGAGUGAAGAGGAAAAGCUAAUUCGUGCAAUGCAAUAUUGUUUGUUGGUUCAAAGCAAUUUCAAAUGAAGUUGUCAUAACUAAGAAAGACUAAUGGAAACUGUUGCGUUGAUUUUUUUUGUUGAGGCUAAACAUUUAUUUUUUGAGUGUAGGAUCCAAUCCCAAAUCCAGAGCCGCCAAGACUCCAAGUAAACUUUAAAAAAAGGAUGCCACGUCAUGUUUUAGUGCAGUUUUUUUUUAAGUUCUUUGGAUUUAUUUGUCUACUAAUCGGAGCCACAGUGCUUCACGUAAUUGCUUACAGACAUUUGAGGGAAAAUGAAAACAUCUUCCACUUUCAAUGAUUGUACAAAAAAAGGGCUAAAUAAAAAAAAAGUAUCAAGAGGCUGAACAAGGCUUUAUUUGUGUUGACGGACUGAUUUAAGACAAGGUGGACUACAUCCUAUGGAAUGUUACACACUUCAAGAGUCAUGUAUAGAUGGCAUGACAAAAACGAUGAACGAUAACAAAUAUUGCAUCUGAUCUGCUCUGUAUUGGCUCGGCCUGGUUCUUGUAUUAUUUACCAUGCAGGCGGCCAUUGCUGCUCUUAAUGCAAAUCAAUGAGGUAAGUAGAAAUGAACGAGGACGAGGAAGUGCUAUCAGCUACUGCAGGAAC